AUGCGAGGCGCCGGCGCGCUGCUCGGCAUCCUGGGCACGGUGUGCCGGGACCCCCUCGCGCGGAAGCUGGGCGACCGCGUCGCGAACAGCCUGAGCGUGUGCUGGCUGGCAGCCUUCAUGCUCACGGCGAUGCUGUCCUUCCGGGCCGCGGCCGGUCCCAGCGGCGCCCCCGAGCCCGACGGCCUCACGGUGCCGCUCCUGGUCUUCAUGGCGGCCGUCUGCCUGGGCAGGCCGGGCCUCUACGCCUUCGAGCUGGGCGUGCUGAAUCAGGAGCAGGAGCUCGUGGACAGGCAGCACACCACGGCCAUCGGCGCCGUAGACCAAGCCGUGCUGUCCCUGGCCACGCUGGCGAUGUACGGCUCGGGCAUGUGCUUCAGCCGCCCCGACCAGUUCGUUCUGCUGGUCGAGAGCUCGGCCUUCUUCGUCAGUUGCGGUGCGGCAGCGUAUAUCGCAUGGACCGUCUUUUACAAGUCGAAGAGGCACAGACACCUUGAGGACGACCACGGCCAUGAGGAUGGACACAGUCAUGGCCAUGGCCACGAUUUGGACGACCAUUCACACCAUGUGCACACCACGCAGAUGGAGGAUCAGAAGGAGGCGCAUCAGGAUGGCGGCUACAUGCAUGAGCACAUCAUUUAUGAACCCAGCGUUUGUGCUGCACAGUGA